UUUAUUUUGUUAUCAUUUUAAUUGUUUUUAUUCGUGUUCCUCUUCAAUCUCCACAAAAAUCCGACGCAAUUAAUUGUCGGCGUUACGCAAAAAUCCUCGAUCAUGUCUGUCACCGUUUUGGGAGCCGGAAUCGGAGGUCUUUCCGCUGCGCAUUACAUCAAAAAGCUCUCUUUAAAGCCCAUCACAAUUCUCGAGGCAACAGAUCGUGUCGGCGGAUGGAUCAACAGUCACAAAUUCGACGACGGAUUAAUUUUCGAAGCAGGUCCUCGCACAAUUCGACCCAAAGGACUGCCAGGAGCGAAUACUUUGGAGAUAGUCGAAGAGUUGGGACUCGAGAAAUUCCUCAAACCGAUCGAUUCGCAACACAUUGCCGCAAAAAAUCGCAUGAUUUAUGCAAAAGGUCAACUUUGUUUGCUGCCGUCGUCGCUUCCGUCGAUUUUUACGAAGCGCCCUCCGUUUGAAGAGUCACUUUUUAACGUUAUCACAAAAGGAUUGAAGGCACGCCGGUUCGAGAAGAAGGAUGACGAGUCAAUUUAUGAUUUUGUGGAACGUCAAUUUGGUACAGAAGUUGCCGAUUACUUGAUAAGUCCCAUGAUUUGUGGGAUUUGUGCCGGAAAUGCAAAGGAAAUCAGUGUGAACUUCCUCAUGAGCAACAUUUUCGCGCACGAACAGAAGCACGGGGACCUCAUUAAGGGAUUUUUCAUGUCAAAACUUGCGAAAAAAGACAAAUUUCCGACAGUCAUGUCGCUCCGUUUAGCAAAUCGAGCCAAAAAAGAGCGAUGGAACAUCUAUUCCUUCGAUGGGGGACUCGAAAUUUUCCCGCGAAAGCUCGCUGUGCUGCUCCAACAACGAAACGUCAAGAUCCAACUGCAUUCCCCAUGCGACAAAAUCGAAUUUUUAUCCAACAACGUCGUAAAUUUGCAUUGCGGCGACGAAAUUCGAGACACAGAAUAUGUCGUGAGUAGUUUACCAAGCUUCAAAUUGGCAGAAACGGUUCAAGAUCAACAUCCAACGCUGGCGAAUCACUUAAAAAGCAUCCCUUUUGUCGAUGUUGCCGUCAUAAAUUUCCAAUAUAACGAUCCCGAACUCAUAAAACAGCCCGGAUUUGGAGUUUUGGUGCCGCCAAAGGAAAAAUUACCGAUUUUAGGCAUAAUUUUCGACAGUUGCUGCUUCGACAUGGAAGACCAAACGGUGUUAACUGUCAUGAUGGGCGGGCAUUGGUUCCGAGAACUCUUCGGAAAUGAUCCUGAUCCGGAAAAUUUGAAAAAAAUCGCGUUAGAAAACAUCGAAAAGAUCUUAGGAAUCAACGCAGAACCGAAUAAAGCUCAAGUCAACAUUCAUCGGAAGUGUAUUCCGCAAUAUACGUUGGGACAUUUGGCUCGGGUGAAGGCAAUUCGUCAAUAUAUCGCAGAAAAAAAGCUUCCUUUGGGCGUUUGUGGCGCCUCGUACGAUGGAGUGGGCGUUAAUGACGUAAUUUUAUCAGCUAGACACGCAGCGAAGCCUUUUUAUCUGUAGAAAAAUAUAAAAAAAAUGACUUUUUUA